GCAUGUUGAUUAUUUGGGCCCGCUGCCGACGCUGCUGGGAGCCUAGCGGUCCCGCUGCGGUUUGGGCUGAGGUGGCAUCUCUCUUCCACCACCGCCCCUAGUCCCUAGGUCCCUAUCUCCGAGGACCGCCCUCGACCUUCACCCUCACCCAUUUCCCCUCCUCCUCCCCGCUCCAGGGACCCCGUAUCCGAAUAUCUGCCCUCGUGCCACCUCCCGCGUUUCUCCCCUCCCGCAGCAAACCCCGCGACCUCCAGCAACCCGCCCCCGCGGGCCCGAUCCUGCCUGGCGGCUCUCGCAGCAGCCUGCACAGCCUUCCCGCUCUCCCAGGACUCGCGCCACUACACCCCCCGCCGUCCGCGCCCGGGCUUCCCGGUUCCCAACUCCUCCCGCCCCCUUGGAGCCCCCUCCCCCGCCCCGGCCAGCUGGCAUGCAGGUGUCUAUUGCGUGUACCGAGCAGAACCUUCGCAGCCGGAGCAGUGAGGACCGUCUGUGUGGACCCCGGCCGGGCCCCGGGGGCGGUAAUGGCGGGCCGGUCGGCGGGGGGCAUGGGAACCCUCCGGGGGGAGGAGGGUCGGGCCCCAAGGCCCGGGCCGCACUGGUCCCCCGACCCCCAGCGCCCGCUGGGGCCCUCCGAGAGAGCACCGGCAGAGGCACUGGCAUGAAAUACAGGAACCUAGGCAAGUCUGGUCUGCGGGUGUCCUGUCUUGGCCUAGGCACCUGGGUCACGUUUGGUUCUCAAAUAUCGGAUGAGACGGCAGAGGACGUGCUGACAGUGGCCUAUGAGCAUGGUGUAAACCUGUUUGACACGGCUGAAGUCUACGCAGCGGGGAAGGCUGAAAGAACCCUCGGGAACAUCCUUAAGAGCAAAGGAUGGAGGAGAUCAAGCUAUGUCAUCACCACCAAGAUUUUUUGGGGAGGACAGGCAGAAACCGAGCGAGGCCUGAGCCGCAAACACAUUAUCGAGGGCUUGCAAGGAUCCCUGGAGCGCCUCCAGUUGGGAUACGUGGACAUCGUCUUCGCCAACCGCUCAGACCCCAAUAGUCCCAUGGAGGAGAUUGUGCGAGCCAUGACCUAUGUCAUUAACCAGGGCCUGGCCCUCUACUGGGGGACAUCCCGGUGGGGAGCUGCGGAAAUCAUGGAGGCCUACUCCAUGGCCAGACAGUUCAAUCUGAUCCCCCCAGUGUGUGAGCAAGCUGAGCACCACCUGUUCCAGAGGGAGAAGGUGGAGACGCAGCUGCCGGAGCUCUACCACAAAAUCGGUGUUGGAUCAGUCACUUGGUCCCCUCUGGCUUGUGGCCUCAUCACUAGCAAGUAUGAUGGGCGAGUCCCAGAUACCUGCAGGGCCACUGUCAAGGGCUACCAGUGGCUCAAGGACAAGGUGCAGAGUGAGGGUGGCAAGAAGCAGCAACAAGCCAAAGUCAUGGACCUUCUUCCCAUCGCUCACCAGCUGGGCUGCACAGUGGCCCAGCUGGCCAUUGCAUGGUGUCUCCGCAGCGAGGGUGUCAGCUCAGUCCUCCUGGGGGUGUCAAGUGCAGAGCAGCUGAUGGAACACCUGGGAGCCCUGCAGGUUCUGAGCCAGCUGACCCCGCAGACGGUGAUGGAGAUAGACGGGCUCCUGGGGAACAAGCCGCAUUCCAAGAAGUAGUCGGUCGAGGGUGCAAGCACCCGCACCGGGGCCGCCGCACCCGCCGAGGACCGCCUCCCGCCGCUGCCUCCCGCCCGCCCCGGAUCCCUCCACGCCGCGGCCGCCGCCAGGGAGGCCCCGCCCCCGAACGAGUCCCGGCUUCGAGUAGCGAUGCGCAUGAACAAAGCCAUAUCCUUCCGCAGUGGGGCUCGAGAGGGAAAGUAGUGCGCCGCCCUCCUCGAUGCGCUCCGCCGGGCCCUCUUGCUAAUCCCGGGCAUGAACCACCGGGCCGUCCCCUCUCUGCCCCUUGGUUUCGCUCCCUUCUCUUCUUCCCCUAAUCGCCGAGACCCAGGGGAAAACAAAAAAACAGGGCAGAUCCAGGAAACAUGCCAAUUACCUCAAAAGUGGCCCUGGAGCUGUCAUCGAGGGGUAAUAACCUAAGAAGCGAGUCGUGACUCCCGCUGGGACAAAGGAACCGGGGCUCUUGCGUUACUCGGUACAGAGGAAGCCAGGCUGGUCCUGGCGGGAAGUAAAUGCUGAUCGUUGAGGACCCUGCCUCCCAGCGGAGGUGGGGGGGGGGGCGCUUAAAUUGAGCACGAGUGUCAGUACUUUGUUCUUGCAAAGAAGAGGGGCGGUGGGGAGGGGGAGAUGCAGUGACAGCCCUGACGCAGGUAAAGGGAAGUGUGCUGGCCAAGCAGUGGGGAUGGCUCUGGGGAAAAGUUGGGCUGUGCUUUGCAGGACAUGGUGACAGCCUUUGGGUCACAGCGGAGACCUGGGGCUAGGAUGGUCAUGUCUGGGGGAGAGACUUUCGAGCCUGUAGCAGGAUUUCCUACCGAGCAGUGGAGGACUGCAGUCUUCCUCCUGGCAAUAAUCUUAAAGCAAUAAUGCCGGCCUUUCUUCUGUAAGACUUUUCCCAGGGAACUGUAAAUAAAAUCUCAGCUUGGUCCUCA